AUGACUUCUUCUUGUCUCUCCUUUGUCAAGACCAAGGCAGUUCCUGUAAAUUGGGGACAACCAGAUGAUGUGUCAUUACAGCCCUCUGCCUCGCCCCUUGUCCGCCCUCUGCCUCGGCCCCGUCCUCUGCCUCACCCUCUUGCUGUCUGCCCCACCGUCUUGCCCUCGUCGUCGCCAUCUCGCCCCUCGCCCUCUUGCCCACCUCACCUUCGCCCUCUUGCCCACCUCACCUUUGCCCUCUCACCUACCUCACCCUCUCACCCACCUCGCCUUCACCCUCUCACCCACCUCACCUUCGCCCUUGCCCUCUCACCCUCUUGCCCUCUUGCCCUUGCCCUCUUGCCCUCUUGCCCUUGCCCUCUUGCCCUCUUGCCCUCACCCUUUGCCCUCGCCGUUCGCUGUUCGCUAUUCGCCAUUCGCCCUUUGCCCUUUUCCCUUCACCCCUGCCCUUUGCCUCCUGCUCAGCACCCACCACUAGCAGCCCAAGCAGAAGGGGGAGCACGAGCACCUGAAGAACCCCCACAAGCACCCAAAGAGGCCCAACGAGUACCCGAAGGGGCAGAGGGGGCAGAGAGCAUGGGUGGAGAGCGCGGAGGGGGUGGAAGUGGCCCCAUGAGUACACGAGGGGUUGAGGGAGCCCCAACGAGCACAGGAGGGGGCAGAGAGGGCAGAAGGGACCUGUACCCGCCUCCCUGA